CUGUAGUUGUAGUGGGUGGAGACUCUGUGCGAUGAAACUGGUCCAACCAGUCAGGUGCCGCUGUGAGGCUCCAGGUAUGACGGCGAGCCGUUCAGUCCAGUGCGGGAGAUGGUGAUCGUACCGCACACAUGAAUCAGCAGAGGACUCUGUACGGCGACAUACCGGCUUCAUGGUGCCGCUGAUCGGGGACAGAAGAAUAACUAUACUUGGGCCCUGCUGAAGUUAUUGGGCAAUGGCUACUGGGGACAAAGUUGCAAUCCUGUCUGAAGAUGAGGAGGAACAGAAGAGGAAGUAUGUACUUGCCGAUCCUUUCAAUGGUGUUACCCUGGAACAAGACCAAUCUGGACCUAGGGACCCCUCUGGGGCUACUGAUGCCAUUUCAGCCGCAGAUCAGGACAUGGACUGGUUGGAAAAACACUGCAUCAAAAUUAACAACGACCUUCUUAUUUCAAAAGUUUUCUACUUCUUUUUUUAUUCUGCGUAUGGCUCUCUCUACCCCCUACUUCCAGUAUACUACAAGCAGUUAGGCAUGUCUCCCACUCAGGGUGGUCUUUUAGUAGGGAUUAGAUAUUUUAUUGAAUUUUGCAGUGCCCCCUUUUGGGGUAUUAUAGCUGACCGCUUCAGAAAAGGAAAGAUAGUCUUACUCUUUGCUUUGCUUUGCUGGGUGUUGUUCAAUUUGGGAAUAGGGUUUGUAAAACCAGCAGCUUUAUUAUGUGUGCCUAAAAAUCCAUUACCGGUCAGACCUACGAACUCCAGCAUAGUUCUCACAACUACUCUGCCCCUUCCAACCACGUCAGACCUAACUACAAAGGCAAGCUCCAUUACAACAAAAGCCAAACGAAAGAGAGAUUUAUAUGAAGAUCCGUUUAACCUGGAGAUGAGAGAGUCGGGAGGAAGGUUUUAUGAAGAAACUUCCAUCACAGUGCAUCGGUUUAUUCGAGAAGCUAGAAACGGCAGUGAUGGCGGCUUGACCGAUGAUGGAAACAGUAGUGCUCUUACUACAACUACUAUAGCUCCUACCACCCCCAAGAGUGCCGAUAGUAUCCUACAGUAUAACCAAGAAGACGUAGAAACCAUAUUUCUGUUGAUUUUGCUGGUGGUUAUCAUUGGAGAAUUCUUUAGUGCGCCAGCCGUAACUAUUGUAGAUACAGUGACGCUUCAGUAUUUAGGUAAACACCGGGACCGUUAUGGAAUGCAACGAAUGUGGGGAUCCCUUGGUUGGGGCUUGGCAAUGUUAUCAGUGGGCAUUGGAAUAGAUCACACCCACGUAUCUGUGAUUAUUGAGGGUGUUGGUUGUAUAGCUCCUGAUUAUAAGAACUACCGGAUUGCUUUCAUUGUUUUUGGGGUCUUGAUGUCAGUUGCACUUAUUGUUUCUACACAAUUUCACUUUUAUUAUAACCAUGUAAAAACAAAUGAGGAGCGAAGGGAGGACCUAGAAAUCUCUCCCGUGGCGUUUAGUUCUGAACCAGAAUCUCCAGGACAAAACGAAAGUGAGAGUAUGGAGGAAAUGGUUCAAAAUUUCAGAUUCUGGGAUCUGAUCAAGAUUAUCUGCACUGUACGGUAUGGAUCUGUACUCUUUGUAGCCUGGUUCAUGGGAUUUGGUUAUGGAUAUGUCUUUACCUUUUUGUUCUGGCACCUGGAAGAUCUUAAUGGGACCACAACUUUGUUUGGUGUCUGCUCUGUACUAAGUCAUAUAUCUGAACUGACUGCUUAUUUCUUCAGCCACAAGCUAAUUGAACUGGUCGGUCACAUCAGGGUGCUAUACAUUGGCCUCGCCUGUAAUACGGCCCGUUAUCUCUAUAUUAGUUAUAUGGAUAAUGCCUGGACAGUUCUCCCCAUGGAAGUAUUACAAGGUGUGACUCAUGCAGCCAUAUGGGCUGCCUGCAUUUCAUAUCUCAGUGCUGCAGUUCCUUCUGAAUUACGGACAUCUGCUCAGGGAAUCCUUCAGGGCCUCCAUCUUGGACUUGGUAGAGGAUGCGGUGCCAUGAUUGGUGGUGUCUUGGUGAAUUUUUUCGGUGCGGCAGAAACAUUUAGAGGGAUUGGAAUGGCGUCUCUUGUGAUACUUCUGCUCUUUGCUUUGAUCCAGUGGGUUGCAGUCCCUCAAAAAGGAGAAGAUGCAUCGAUGCUGGCAGAAAAAAUCCCUGUUCCCUCCAGCCCGGUUCCCAUAGCAACUAUCGACCUGAUGCCACAGCACUCAGAGAACAUUAUGCCUACUAUUCAGGUCAAGCUGCCACCUAAGAAGACAAAACACCAGGAGGAGCAGGAAGAUGUUAACAGACCAGCUUGGGGAAUAAGUUCAUCGCCAUGGGUCACUCUUGCUUAUGCCUUUUAUCAAAUAAAGGAAAUGGUGGCCCUUUCUAAAACAACCCAGGCCACAGAAAACCAGCUACUCCAGGAAAGUGAAAACGAUUCCUCAAGAUCACCACAGUCGGUGAUGAAUGAAGCCCCCAGUGCUGAGGCAACUGCUGAUACUGCUGAUGGCCAGAGGAACGAUGACCUUGGUGCACCAGGAAAUACUGACCACGUUCAGCCAACUGACACUGGCAUCUCCAAGGACAAUUCUUCAGAAGACGGCUUAUCCACCCCACACACAGAUGGGGGGCAUUAAUAUGGUUACCAUCUUCGUAUUGAGAAGUAUGUUGGUUAUACACUGAAAACCUCUGCAAAUGACAGACAAAAAAACUACAAAAACACUUUGUAGAAUAAAUGGCAACAAAUAGAAAAAAAAAAUGAUAUCUAGAUACUAACAUUUACAAAGGAGGUGAUGAUGUUUCUCUGGUUUCAACCCCUGGGGACCACAUUUUAUUUAUAUAUUUAUAGUCUGUGGCGUGCAUUGCAUAUAAAAGUUUACAGACUGAAACAGACAGAAUAUUUGCCUUGUAAAUUAAAUAUUAAAAUUCUGUGUGUGUAUAUACAGUACAAGCACUGUCGGCACUUGGGAUACUUGUGCUUUUUUUUUUUUUUUUUUGUUGCUAUUCCUUUUUUUCAACCAGUUACUAAAAGCUUUUAACAUCCAGCUAUAAUAACAAAUGAUUUAAAAAUGGGAACACAUGCACAUGAUUGACAGAGCAAAGUGAGACAUGACUGCUUUAGUAACUUGGCCCCAAAGCUACCAGUUUAUUUGUUGAUGAUCAUUAAAGCCCCAUUGACGUUCCAGUAACCUACUGUAUUUCUCGCCCCAUAAGACGCACUUCCCCCCCCCCCCCACAAAAUGGGGGGAAAUGUCCCUGCAUCUUAUGGAGCGAAUACUGACAGCACCCCCGUCACUGCUGCCCCAUCAGAAUCCCAGUGCUCAGUUUCUCUGUGAAUGAGAGAAGACAGGAUGUGAGGGGCAUACCAAGGUGGAGCGGGGGGAAGCGACAUGCCCUGGGUGUCAAAACCCGCCAUAGGUGACACCAUCCCGAAAGUGGUGAGAGCCCUUGCUGUUUUUUUUUUUUUUUUUUUUCAGCCGGAACCUGGCACCGUGGUCUGGUCUAGUUUGACUUCCUGCUCCUUCCCUGGCAGCUGCUGCUGUAAACUGUCUAAGUGUCCUCAGUCUUCCUUCCUAGCUGCUUCCUGGGUACAUAUGAGGCAGUCAGCCAGCCAGAGGUGCUCAUAUAGUGUGUAUAUAUAGUAGAUAAUAGUGUAGCUGAGCCGAUUUGAUAGGGGGGGGUGGUAUUGCUGUGUGUCCACCACCCACCUAUAGUAGUAGUAUAAUAUAAAAUAUUUUUGUACACCAUUUGGUUAAAAAUAUUUUAUUUUAUUCCUCUAAAACCUAGGUGCGUCUUAUGGAGUGAAAAAUACGGUAUAUCCAUUUUUAUUGAGUCUACAUAACCAUUAUGAUUUUUUAAAUGUUGCCUGGGGAAGAGACGUUUGGACUGGUGCUGGGUCUGUUU